AUGGCAAUGGUCGAAACACGUUUAUCCAAGAAGAUUCCGUCUUUCAGCGGUCGCACGUCUGGAGACGAUCCGAGUUUCUCUGGCGAAGAUGACGAGGUGGAUGAGACGUUUGUAGCGUUGCAAAAGAUGCUCAAAACACUUAAUCGUACCAAUCGUGUCCGUCAUAGCAGCUUUGGGAGUAACAAUGGCAGCUUUAACAGUAACAGUGGCAGUAACAAUGGCAGCUUUUUAAGCGGUAGUGGCAACGCUAUGGUAUUGCCUGUUAAUGACAGUGCCAAUCAACAGAGCAUGUCACGUGAAGAAAUGCUGGAAAGCCGACGACAGGAACGUGAUCGCUUCCGUCGCUCACUUUUUGCCAGGAAUAACAGCAGCAGCAAUGAUUAUAGUGCCCGUCUUCGACAGACGUGUCCAGCUUACUACUACUCUGAAGAAGAGGAAGAAGACGAGACUCGCGAGCCCUCUGUUGAGAGCACCAUUUCUAACAGAUUAAUGAAUGGAUCGUUUUCGAAUUUGAACGUGCAUGUCAUCUCACGCAGUCGGUGGUCGGCUGAGGAUCGUGCCAAGGAGCGCCUUCCCAUUGUAAUGUUGCCUAAGAAUGGCAAAUUUUCCAUUCCAACAGACAACAAGAAGAUUAAUGUAGUGCAGACGGACGAAUUUAUUGAGUUGCAUGACAAGUUGAUUAAGAACCUGCCUCCGCGAGCAGCGACUAUGCAUUAUCUCACACCGCCGCGGUCUACAUGGUAUAUGCAGAUGCACGACUUUGAGGAGCUCAAGUGGUAA